CAGCAGAGCUGGUGGCUCUCAGCACUUCUCCCUCCCUUCCUCUUUUAUUUCCUAUUCUUCAGUCACUGAGGAGUUACUUCUUGAUACAACUGUGCGUGGAAGAUCUUCUGUUGUGUAUAUGUGAAGAACAAGAAGACUUCGAGAAUGUGGCUAAUUCACAGGACCCUUUAGGUCAAGAAUUUCUUAUGAACUUUUUCCUUGGUGCCUUGAGAUAUUCUACUCCUCUUGUGAAACAUGUUGUGUAGUGUAUCAAUGAUCUGUUUGGAUCCUCCAGGGGAGACAGGCUGGAAGCAAUCAGGAGGUGCAAGCAGAGCUAAAACUUUAAGGUGAGGACUAGCACAACUCCAGGCUUGUCCUUCACCUGCUCCUGGGUGGUACUGAAGGAGAGCGCCCAACAGUGUCGCCUCAGCAAUGAACUUUUCAAGGGAUCUCUUUAUCCUUAAUGUCGGGGGUGCCAGGUAUUCUUUUUCUCAGGAUGUGAUUAAGGAUUUUCCACUGAGGAGGGUGAGCAGGCUGCACGGCUGUUCCUCUGAGAAGGAUGUCUUAGAGGUUUGUGAUGAUUAUGACCAGGAGAGAAAUGAGUAUUUCUUUGACAGGCAUUCCGAGGCAUUUGGGUUUAUCAUGAUGUAUGUCAAGUACGGCAAACUAAGGUUUGUACCCCAAAUGUGUGAGCUUUCCUUCUACAAUGAGAUGAUCUACUGGGGGCUGGAAUGUUCUCAACUGGAAUAUUGUUGUCAAAGAAGGCUGGAUGACCGUAUGUCCGACACCUACACCUACAUGUCUGAUGAGGCCAAGCCUGAUGAGAAAACAGACAACGAGGACAUCCAGGCUCCAGGGGAAAAGAAGUGGUUGGAGCGCAUGAGGAUGACUUUUGAGGAACCCACCUCAUCCUUGGCAGCACAAAUCUUGGCUGUGGUAUCUAUUCUUUUUGUCAUUGUCUCCAUGGUGGUCUUAUGUGCUAGCACCUUACCUGACUGGAAGACAGCAGAGAAUAGGAGCAUGGAAGAGCACAGGUAUACAGCAAGUCUAUGGGAACCUUCGGGGAUAAUUGAAGCUGUCUGCAUCGGCUGGUUCACGGCAGAGUGCAUCGUCAGGUUCAUUGUCUCCAAGAAUAAGUGUGAGUUUGUGAAAAGGCCCUUAAAUAUCAUUGACCUGCUGGCUAUCAGUCCUUAUUACAUCUCAGUUCUGAUGACCCUUUUCACGGGGGAAAACCCUCAGUUGCAGAGAGCUGGGGUGACACUUAGGGUCUUGAGGAUGAUGAGAAUUUUUUGGGUAAUAAAACUUGCGAGACACUUUAUCGGCCUCCAGACUCUUGGCCUCACUUUAAAACGCUGCUACCGGGAGAUGGUCAUGUUGCUGGUGUUUAUCUGCGUUGCGAUGGCAAUUUUUGGAGCCCUUUCUCAGCUGCUUGAGCAUGGCUUGGACCUUGAAAUAAAAAAUGAGGACUACUCAAGCAUACCGGCAGCCUGCUGGUGGGUGAUUAUUUCCAUGACCACCGUAGGCUACGGAGACAUGUAUCCUAUAACUGUUCCUGGCAGAAUACUUGGAGGAGUAUGCGUGGUCAGCGGCAUUGUCCUCCUUGCAUUGCCGAUAACAUUCAUAUAUCACAGUUUUGUACAGUGUUAUCAUGAACUCAAGUUUAAGUCUGCCAGGUAUGGCAGAACCUUAUCUAACGAGUACAUAAAUUAAUACAUGCCAGAGCUUUGUUAUAUAGAUAUUUAUUUUGUUAUUUAAUAUUAUCCAGGGCUACAUGAACUUGUGUUAAGAUAUAAUGCAGUAAUCCCUGUCUCUGUGCUGCCUAACGCCUAGACAACAUGGCACCUGUCCUGUCUAUUAUAUAUUAUUCAUUUUUGUUUUUGCUUUUUCAUAUGGAAAAGAGUGGAAAGAUGUAUUAACAGGGGGGCUGACCCUUUCAUUAGUAUUUUCCUUGGGUUUUUGCCAGUUUUGAUCCAAGAAUCACCACAUUCUCCUUUUGAUAUAUUCAGGUUUGGUCCAAGAAGCACAACGUUGGUGGUUUUUCAUUUAAAUCUAAGUCAAGACAUCUUAGGCUACUUUCAUAGUAGCAUUUUUGCUGGAUCCAUCGUGGAUCAGUAAAAAUGCUUCCGUUCUGAUAAUACAACCAUCUGCAUCCGUUAUCAACAGAUCCGGUUGUAUU